AUGCAGAUGAUGAUCUUCCCAGAAGAUGUUGGUUUCCCGAUUGGAGAAACGCCUACCGCGCAGUAUUACAUGGUCGAAGUUCAUUACGAUAAUCCACAUCUGUUGGAGGGCGCCUUCUUUGAAACCGGUUUGGUCAUGUAUUACACGCCCGAGUUGAGAUCUGUCGACGCGGGAAUACUUGGUAUCGGCCAAUCCGUGGAUAUAUCGCUGACCAUCCCGCCAAAUCAGGAUGCCUUCAAGGUCGUUGGGCAUUGUAGUCCCCAGUGCACCCAUGAGACGCUAGAACCCGAAGGGAUCACCGUGUUCGCCUCGAUGCUGCACUCACACAAAUCUGGUGAAUAUAAAAAAUUACAAAAGUAG